CACACCUUUCUCUCCUCCUCCUCCAUCUUCUUCUCUUCAACACAUUUUCUUUCAAACCAAUCAUGAACAAAAUAAAACAAUCCCUCGCCGGAAUCUCGAAUUCCGGCAACAAGAAAAAACUCCUCAUCUCCCUCUUUACAACCCUUCUCAUUGUAGCUUCCAUAGUAGCCAUUGUUGCAACAACAACCAAAAACUCCAACAAAAGCAAAAACAACAGCAUUGCUUCAUCUUCUCUUUCACUCUCUCACCAUUCUCACGCCAUACUCAAAUCCGCUUGCACCACCACUCUCUACCCUGAACUAUGUUUCUCAGCCAUUUCCUCCGAACCAAACAUAACUCAUAAAAUCACCAACCACAAAGAUGUGAUUUCAUUGUCUCUAAACAUCACAACUAGAGCAGUUGAACAUAAUUACUUCACCGUCGAAAAACUUCUUUUGCGAAAAAGUCUUACUAAAAGAGAGAAAAUUGCUCUUCAUGAUUGUUUGGAAACCAUUGAUGAAACACUAGAUGAGCUCAAAGAAGCACAAAAUGAUCUUGUACUAUACCCGAGUAAAAAGACACUUUAUCAACAUGCUGAUGAUCUUAAAACACUCAUAAGUUCCGCCAUAACCAAUCAGGUAACUUGUUUGGAUGGAUUCUCUCACGACGACGCCGAUAAGGAAGUGAGGAAGGUCCUACAAGAAGGCCAAAUUCACGUGGAGCACAUGUGUAGUAAUGCAUUAGCCAUGACUAAGAACAUGACAGACAAAGACAUAGCGGAAUUUGAACAAACCAAUAUGGUGUUGGGAAGUAACAAAAAUAGAAAAUUAUUGGAGGAGGAAAAUGGGGUGGGUUGGCCGGAGUGGAUAUCGGCCGGGGACAGAAGAUUACUUCAAGGAUCGACCGUAAAGGCGGACGUGGUGGUGGCGGCAGACGGUAGUGGGAACUUUAAGACAGUGUCUGAGGCUGUGGCUGCUGCUCCUUUGAAGAGUAGCAAGAGAUAUGUUAUUAAGAUAAAAGCUGGGGUGUAUAAAGAAAAUGUGGAGGUGCCAAAGAAGAAAACUAAUAUAAUGUUUUUGGGAGAUGGUAGAACUAAUACUAUUAUUACUGGUAGUAGAAAUGUUGUUGAUGGAAGCACCACUUUUCAUUCAGCCACCGUCGCCAUAGUGGGAGGAAACUUUUUAGCACGAGAUAUAACUUUCCAAAACACAGCAGGACCCGCAAAGCACCAAGCAGUGGCCCUAAGAGUUGGUGCUGACCUAUCAGCAUUCUACAAUUGUGACAUCAUAGCAUACCAAGACACACUAUAUGUUCACAACAAUAGACAAUUCUUUGUAAAUUGUUUCAUUUCAGGAACAGUUGAUUUCAUCUUUGGUAAUUCAGCUGUUGUGUUCCAAAAUUGUGACAUACAUGCUAGAAGACCUAAUUCAGGACAAAAAAAUAUGGUCACAGCACAAGGUAGGGUUGAUCCUAAUCAAAACACUGGAAUUGUGAUACAAAAAUGUAGAAUUGGUGCAACUAAAGAUUUGGAGGGUGUGAAGGGAAAUUUUCCUACAUAUCUUGGUAGACCUUGGAAGGAAUAUUCAAGAACAGUUUUCAUGCAAAGUAGUAUUAGUGAUGUUAUUGAUCCUGUUGGAUGGCAUGAGUGGAAUGGUAACUUUGCAUUGAAUACUUUGGUUUAUAGGGAAUAUCAAAAUACUGGUCCUGGUGCUGGAACUUCUAAGAGGGUUACUUGGAAAGGGUUUAAGGUCAUUACUAGUGCUGCUGAGGCACAAAGUUUUACUCCUGGAAAUUUUAUUGGUGGGUCUAGUUGGUUGGGUUCAACUGGGUUUCCUUUCUCUCUUGGGUUGUAAAUUGGGUUUUUAUUUUGAACCCUUAUUUUUAUUUUUAAUUGGCAUUAUCUAUGAAAUGGCAAAGAGUAACACAGUUAAUAAAAUAAAAGUAAAAAUAUAUAGAAAGAGAGGGAGCAGAAAAUGGAUACCAAGAGAGAGAGAGAUCAUUCCUCAAGAUGAAUAUUUCUUUUAGUUGUAUUGGUUGGAUUUGGGUUAAACGCCAUGCUCUAUAUGUGGCUUUAUUUAUUGUGAUAUAUUGCCAUUGUUUAAAUAAUAAUAAUAAUUAAUGUAUUUUUA